AUGGAUAAGCAGAAUUGGCACUGUGAUCGAAUUACCGCGCCAUGGGCCCCGAACACGCCUGGUCCAGAUACCGAAUGGCUUUUCCGCAAGGAGUUUGAGGUGAAGCCUUUCGUUCAAGCCAAACUCGCUAUCACUGCUCAAGGUGUAUACGAGGCGGAGAUCAAUGGCCACCGUGUGGGCGACCAUUUCAUGGCCCCAGGAUGGACAUCUUAUGAUAGAAGACUCCAAUACCAGACUUUUGACGUUACGGUUAUGCUGCUGAACGGUCGCAACUGUAUUGGUGUUCGCGUCGCUGAAGGCUGGUUUUGCGGACGUAUUGGCUUUGAAGGUGGCCACCGAAAUAUUUGGGGACCUCAUCCAGCAUUGAUGGCCCAGCUCGAAAUUUAUUACGCCGACGACACCGUUCAAAUCAUACCAACCGACGGCACCUGGGCUGUUCAAAGAGGCCCUAUUCAAUUGGCAGAAAUAUAUAAUGGGGAAAAAUACGAUGCAACUCUCGAGGUCCCAUAUUGGUCGACCAUUGUGCCCGAAGGAGCUGCCGAUUUUGCUUACACUGGACAGCCUGCUCUAUGCAUGCCACCCCUACCUGAUGCACUCAAAUUGACACCGGGGUUUGGUGAGCCUGUGAGGCGGAUUGAGAUUAUUCAACCAGUUCAAUACCUUGUUUCUCCAACUGGAAAAUCUAUUCUUGAUUUUGGUCAAAACUUGGUGGGAUAUGUCAGGCUGAAGAAUAUCAAGGGUCUUCGCGGUCGCAAAAUUAUUCUUUCCCACGCGGAGGUUCUUGAAAAGCAGGAGCUUUGCGUCAGACCUCUUCGUCAAUGUGACGCUGUUGAUCAAUAUAUCCUUAAGGGAGACCAGAGCGGCGAGAUGUACGAGCCUCGUUUUACCUUCCACGGAUUUCGUUAUGCUCAAGUCGAUGGGUGGACUAGCGACUCCGAAUUGAUCGACUCGGUCGAGGCAGUUAUGUGCCAUUCAGAUAUAAAAGAUGUCGGCUCAUUCGCAUGUUCGGAUAAAUUGAUCAAUCAACUAUACCAGAACAUUCGCUGGGGAAUGAAGGGCAAUUUCCUUUCGGUGCCAACUGACUGUCCUCAGCGCGAUGAGCGUCUUGGUUGGUCCGGAGACCUGGCACUGUUUGCUCCAACGGCAGUACUGUUGUUUGACUGCUAUGACUUUCUUAAGAAUUGGCUUGUCGAUGUGUGGUAUGAUCAGCAGACACUUGACGGUGUCCCUGCCAUGGUCACACCCAAUGCAACACUCCCAGACCCUGUCUGGUGUCGUCGGAAGCCUUGUGCAAUCUGGCAUGAUGUCACUAUCCUUGCACCGUGGGCGCUGUAUGAGGAGACUGGGAAGUUGGAAAUUCUAGAACAGCAAUAUGAGAGCAUGACGACCUGGAUGAAGAAACUGCCUAGGAAUAAGGAAGUUUGCACUCACCUUUGGGAUACCAGUAUUUUCCAGCUUGGGGACUGGCUCGAUCCAGAUGCUCCACCCAACGCACCCUGGAAAGGCAAGACAGACGCACAGCUGGUAGCCAACGCGUUCUUAAUCCACAGUCUAGAACUCAUGGCUCGAAUCACAGAUCUCCUUCACAAGAACGAAGAGAAACUCGAAUUCGAGAGAGAGUUCGAAGCUGCCAAGAAGCAGUUCCAGGAGGAAUACGUGACCUCGAACGGCCGCCUUGUAUCCGACAGCCAGGCAGCUUAUGCCAUCGCGGUAUGCUUCGGUCUGCUUACACCCGCACAACAAGAACGAGCCGGAAACCGCCUUGUCUAUCUAGUACGAAAGAACAACUUUCGAAUUGGGACCGGUUUCGCUGGAACCCCGUUCUUGUGUGAAGCGCUUGCCUUAACAGGUCAUAUUCAAGUGGCUUAUGCGAUGCUCCUCGAAAAGGGCUGUCCUUCAUGGUUGUAUCCGGUCACCAUGGGCGCUACUACCGUCUGGGAGCGGUGGGAUAGUAUGCUGCCCGAUGGUUCAAUCAAUCCUGGUGAAAUGACUUCCUUCAAUCAUUAUGCGCUUGGGUCAAUCGCGAAGUUCUUGUAUGAGAGAUUAGCAGGUUUGCAAAGACUCAAGCCUGGGUGGAAGAAAUGUCGCAUUGCCCCUUGCAUUGGUGCAGAACUCUCGGAGGCCUCUGCUUCACAUGAAAGUCCUCUGGGUCGCGUGUCUUGUUCAUGGAAGACUACUGAGUCCGGUGAGAAGCAAAGCCAUCUAGAGGUCAAAGUUAGAGUUCCACCGGGUGUGACCUGUGAGAUUAUCCUGCCAGAGGGAUCGGGGGAGUUGCAGAAGACUGUUGGCCAAGGAGAAUGGACAUUUGAGACUGUCUUUAUGCGCGAUUACGAGUGGCCUGUGAAGGCUUUGCCUCCUAAGACUUGA